AUGAUGAACAGUCGAGCUAACGUUCGGCCUUACAAUCCUCAGUGUUUGAUUGGAAAUUGGUAUGAAGAUCGAGUCAUGGAAGAAGAAGUUUUGAAUGAUUUCCUCGAUAAGCGUUAUUCCGGUCAAUUAGCAUCGCAAAAAAUGACUGAAGUUGAACGUAUGUCACAAUCGCUGCCGUUAAGUGUAUCCGGAGGUGAUGGUUUACUUCGUUUUGGUCAUCAAAUACUUCUUGCCAAUGCAUGGACACAAUCAGCUCCAUACACAGGAGAGAAAUCCGAAAUGAACUGUUGCUUAGCUCUGGGCAUCCCGCAUGCUUCAGGUGCGAAUGAAGGAGCAACAGAAUUGACAGCGACGGGAACGACGUUGAUGCGACCAACACUUCGCUCAGCUUUUGUCAUCCAAAGACCGAAUCUUUCUGUAGAUUCACAAACGGUUAGAUACGGUGAUGAAAUCAUGAUAUCGGACACAAGUGGACAACUAUUUUUAUCGUGUGUCAAAAGUGGAACACGUUCAGCUCGAACAUGUGAUGUUAUCUUUACCAACCAUCGAAAUCGAAGCAGUGUUUGGGUUGUAUUACAUCCAAGUUCACACCUACGAUUAGAAUUCGAAGGAUCCGAAGUGAAAAUCGAUGACAAAGUUGUACUUGCUCAUGCGCCAACAAACAAGUGUUUAUCCGUCAACGGUGAACACUCCAAUCGCUCACCAUACGGACGUGAAUAUGAACUUUUAUGCGAAUUAUCGACAGGCAGUCACGCAUCGUACAAAUCUCCUAUUCUUUGGAAAUUUCAAACUCAACCAGCAUAUUAA